AUGGACAUCGUGGGGCGCGAGGGCAUCUUCGGGCUGUGGCGCGGGAAUUUGGCGGUGAUCUUGCAGGUGAUGCCCUAUGCUGGUUUGCAGUUCAUGACCUUUGACCAGUACCAACAGGCGCUGGAGCCUUACUGCGCCUCCCAUCCGUACCUCAUGCGCUUCGUGGCGGGUGCUGCCGCUGGAGCCACAGCCACCACCCUGACCUACCCGCUGGACUUGUUGAGGACGCAGAUGGCUAUCAGCAUGACAUCCCUGUGGGAUCGGAUGCCACACUCCUCCUACACGGCGGCGGCGGAGGACAUCGUGCGGAGCGAAGGCGUCCGUGGGCUCUACAGGGGGCUGAUGCCCACCCUGCUAGGCAUCCUGCCGCAUGCGGGCACCAGUUUCUUGGUCUUCGAAACUUUGAAGCCCUGGACCCGGGAUGCCUUGGGCUUGCGCUCUGAGCGUGACCUCCCGAUCUGGGCACGGCUCAUGUGUGGCGGCAUGGCUGGGCUGAUGGCGCAAGGUGCCUCCUAUCCGUUGCAUGUGGUUCGAAGACGGAUGCAGGUGCAAGGUCGCGUGGUAGGUCAAAGCAAGUAUCACUCAGUGAUGCAUGCUUUGCUGACAAUCCUUCGUAAGGAAGGUUUCGUGAAGGGACUCUACAAGGGCAGCUCGUUGACUUUGAUCAAAGGUCCGGUCUCGGCUGCUUGUGGCUUCACGGCCAAUGAUUUUUUCAAGUCCAUGCUGUUGGGCACUGCUGGCAACCCCGAGCGUUGUCCACCGGGCGGCUGGCCUGAUGGAUGCGAGGUGGUACGGGAUCCCAGCAAAGCCCUGAAAAAGCUCACGCCCAUCGAGCAUUUGAUGACCGGGGGUGCAGCAGGCGCAGUUGCUAAGACGGUGAUCGCGCCGGCCGACCGGGUGAAGAUCCUCUACCAAACCAACAACGAAAGGCCCUUUUGUUGGCGUGGAGUGCGAAGAACGUUCAUGACCAUCUACAAAAAUACGGGUGUCACGGGACUUUGGCGCGGACAUUGUGCCACUUUGAUGCAGAUCAUCCCUAAGUCGGCGACGACUUACACCACCUUUGACAGGUAUCGCCAUUGGAUAACGGUCAGCACUACCUUGGACAAUGUCUCCAUUCGCUUCCUGGCGGGCGCCUCUGCGGGCGCCACGGCCUGCGGCCUGACCUAUCCGCUCGACAUGAUGAGAGCUCGGAUGGCGGCGCACUGGGAUAUGACGCCCAGAUAUCCAAACUACUUCGCGGCCUUUGAAAGAGUCCUCAAGGAGGAAGGAAUCUCAUCCCUGUACAAGGGCAUUCGGCCUACUUUGCUGGGCAUCAUGCCAUAUGCGGGGCUGAGCUUCAUGGCCUAUGAGACCUUGAAGGCUCAGAUCGCAGAGGAUGGAGACCUUGGAGUUCAUCAAAGGUUGCUCUGUGGUGCCUGCGCCGGCAUCUUUGCUCAGUCGACCACCUAUCCCUUGGACAUCAUCCGCAGAAGGAUGCAGGUGCAUCCUGGGCUGUACCGCAACGAACUGCAUGCGAUGAGGGAGAUCUACCACACGGAGGGCUUGGUGCGUGGACUCUUCAAAGGUGUCUCCAUGAAUUGGAUCAAAGGACCCAUAGCGGUUGGGGUGUCCUUUACCGUCAACGAUGUCUUGAAGAAGCACCUGAUGCGACACCACUAG